AUGGAUGGCCGAACUAGGAACAAGUGUGUUUGGAAAAGGUACUCCUUCCAGGACGAGGAGGACAUGUUCAUGGUGGUGGACCUGCUGCUGGGAGGGGACCUGCGCUACCACCUGCAGCAGAGCGUACACUUCACGGAGGGGACUGUGAAGCUCUACAUCUGUGAGCUGGCUCUGGCCCUGGAGUACCUGCAGAGAUACCACAUCAUCCACAGAGACAUCAAACCUGACAACAUACUGCUGGACGAACAUGGACACGUUCACAUUACAGACUUCAACAUAGCAACAGUCGUGAAAGGAACAGAAAAGGCUUCCUCCAUGGCUGGCACCAAGCCCUACAUGGCCCCAGAAGUGUUCCAGGUGUACGUGGACGGCGGCCCUGGGUAUUCAUACCCCGUCGACUGGUGGUCCCUGGGGGUCACAGCCUACGAGCUGCUGCGGGGCUGGAGACCGUAUGAAAUCCACUCGGCCACGCCCAUUGACGAGAUCCUCAGCAUGUUCAAGAUGGAGCGUGUCCACUACUCCUCCAUGUGGUGCAAGGGGAUAGUCGCCCUGCUGAAGAAGCUCCUGACCAAGGACCCUGAGAGCCGCCUGUCCAGCCUCAGUGACAUUCAGAGUGUGCCCUACCUGGCUGACAUGAACUGGGACGCAGUGUUUGAGAAGGCGCUGAGGCCCGGCUUUGUGCCCAAUAAAGGGAGACUGAAUUGUGAUCCCACAUUUGAACUUGAAGAAAUGAUUCUAGAAUCCAAGCCACUUCACAAAAAGAAGAAGAGGUUGGCAAAGAACAGGUCCAAAGAUGGCACAAAGGACAGCUGUCCCCUGAAUGGACACCUGCAGCAGUGUUUGGAGACGGUGCGGAAGGAGUUCAUCAUCUUCAACAGAGAGAAGCUCAGGAGGCAGCAGGGGCAGGGCGGCCAGCUCUUAGACACCGAAGGCCGAGCUGGGAGCCAGGUCCAGAGCAAGCUCCGGGACGGAUGCAACAACAACAUCCUCGCCCACGCCUGCUCCCGUGGCUGCAGCAGCUAAGCCCCACCUGCAGCUGCCCGACGGGACUGCACACGCAUCUGCCCUGCCCACCCAGAGCCCCCCCUCUGUGUCCCCAUGGUCCCUAUCUCACCCAUGAAAACAUCAGAUGCUGAAAGAGCCCUGGACUCGGAGCCGGGAAGCCUGGGUUCUGGUUCCAGCUCCUGACUGAUUUGCUGUGUGACCUCAGACAAGUCACACCCUCUCUGUGCCUCAGUUUUCUGCAUCUGCCAAAGGGGUUAAACAGCUCUCUGCCCCACUUCAAAUUACAAGAUUAUUGUGAGAAUACAAUUAGAUAGCAGACAUGCAAAACCUUUGACAUUUAUAAAAUUGUUUACACAUGCACAAUAUAACCUUAGUAUUUGAAGUGCACUCUCAUCCCCAAAAGCAAUUCGAGUAUCACAACUGCAAUUCGGCCCAUCCUAGCUUGCUAGAUGGUACUUUCAAAAAACGCAGCCCCAAGGAUAAAAUAAAUGUCUGACUGCCGGGCCGCGUCGUUCUGACCUAAGACAGCACGGUGUGCAGCAGCCUGGUCCCCAAGGUCUCAGUGCUGCAAUGUACUGUUCCCCUAUUCACAGAAGACUGUCCCCACUUUUUAAUUUCAGCAGUUCCCUCCCCAACCCUCCCCUGGUGCUGGGAUGGCACAUAGGUGUCCAUUCAGAUGACAGUCAAGACACUGAUCAUGGGUAACUGCUAUUGAGUGUCACCAGAGCUCCUCUGAAAACCCAGCCCUGCACAGACUCUCCACCAGCUGUCCCGGUGUUCUUUCCUGGGCAGGGUGAAACAUCAGCUCGACAGCACUGUCUUAUGGAGGAUUCCCAACUGGCAAAGACAGGUGGCUCCCUCUUUAUAACUUAGGAAGCAUGGGUGGUUAGUAGUUUAUUCUAGGAGGAAAGUGGACCCACACAAAGCAAAUAUCUCUAUGAUCUGUUCAGGGAACAGCUGGCCUUUGAAUGAGGAGAGGCCGUGGCAUGGCAGGUGAAUCUCAGCCUCGGAGCCAGCCCGUGUCCUGAGGCCAGCCCCACUGUUCACUGACCGGGAGACCUAGGCAAGCCACAUGCCUCGUCGUGCCGUCAGUUUCCUCCCUUGUAAAUGGGGUCAUAAAGCUGACCUUUCAGUGUCGCUAAAGGUUAUGUGAGGUCCUGCAUGUGACGCACCCUGCACACUGGCUGACUCACCGAGUGUAGCCUUUUUUGUCAGUAUUGGCAUCAUUAUUAUUUGGAGAUCAUUUCCUCUUUCACCCACUGGGCAGGUCAGUCUUCUGUGGAAACACGUCUUGUGUUUCAGAUUCUUUUAACUUUUCUUCCCAGGAUCUUUAAUGUCUGUAUAGACCAUAAAGUUCAAUUGUGUUUUUAUGUUCUUAUCCAACUCCCAUUUUUCACUUUUUACAGGAUAAACCAAUCUUGGGGGCUGUCAGUACCAUUUCUUUGACUUUUUAAGAGACAUUUUAAUGUACAGUGAGGUUUUAUAUUUUUGUUUUAAAAAAACAGUCAUUGUUUUCCUGCUUUAAACCGAGGCUAUCUCUGGAUUGAGUUGCCCCCGUAAAUCUGCUUGUUUUGUGCACUUUUCCGUCUUCAGUUCCUCAUCAGCACCGUGCUGUCCCCCUCCAGGAAACACCGGGGCUGCUCCUCUUCCCUGUGACCCCAGAAGCACUUGACGUUUCUUACUGGGCUGAGGUCAUGAAUUGGGGGCAGGAGCUGAGGUGGCCCUAGAGACGCUGGAUUUCCUGGCUCUGUUCAAGUCACUGUUCCUUGUUCAGAAUAAACUAUUUCUUGGA